CCCAUCUCAGCUAUCAUUAUGGAGGAGGCCUAUCAGAAUCACAUCACAUUAGGAGGCCGUGCAAACAAACGUCACAUACGGUUUUAAACACACCACUCGCUCGAUUUCUUUCAUACUUCUCCUGUGUCCUAGGUCGAGAGCUUUUAACAAUGGCCUACCAAACAGAAAUCAUCACCAACCAGCCACAAGUGACUGUCACUAGUUACACUAUCUCCUCUACAACCACAGAUUGGUCAUCUGACGUGUGUGACUGCUGUCAGGACUGUGGGAUCUGUCUGUGUGGUACCUUCCUUCCUUGUUUAUUAGCCUGCAAAGUGUCUCAGGAUUUUGGAGAAUCCUGCUGCCUACCAUGCCUUCCUGGAUCAAUGAUUGCUCUCCGUACUGGAAUUCGUGGAAAAUAUAACAUCGAGGGUUCAAUCUGUUGUGACUGGGUGGUCAUGUCCUGCUUGGCCCCCUGUGGAUUAUGCCAGAUGGCCAGGGAAAUGAAAAGUCGACAAUAAAAGGCACCAGAUAAACAGUUGCAUGAUCUCCCUGAGAGUAACAAUUGUAAAAUAUCCAACACCAGAAUGUCAAUUUUGCCUUAAAGUUCCUCUGUCAUAAAGUCCUUGCAUUUGUGCCACAGGGACAUCCUGUAAUUUAUACUUCAGUACAAUGUAAAUGCUGCUGUGGUUAUUAAAGUUCUGAGGAGGUACCAGCAGAUCACAGAUAUUAGACUAACAUCAGCCUCAAUGACAACAAGCGUCAGGUCAUGAAUGUCGCUUGAAAAAGAUUUAUUAUAUGCAUCCUUUAUAUUAUCUUUGAAAAUUGAAAAAUGAAUUUGCUAGUAUAAUAAAUGUAUAAAAAUAACAA